GCGGCAAUAAUCAACGUCAGUCGGGCAGUGCAAGUCGCCGGCGAAAAGUCGAGGGAGAUCGGGCAAGCGACGGGCGGAGAGAUGCCGAGGCAGCCGCAGUAGCGCCCAGCGACGACCGCAGCUCCGACGACAGAGACGGGACGACGAAGAUGCCGGCCUGCGGCAGCAGCGAGGAGGCCGCCUGCCUGCGGGGCCUGUCGGCCACCAGCAAGCAGGGCGCCUCGCCGCAAGGGCCAGCGGCCCUGUACUCGGCGCAGCAGCAGCGCCAGCAGCAGCGCCAGCAGCAGCGCGAGCGCCAGCGCCGGCCGGCGCCGAGGCGCGCGGCCGCGCACGCCUGGCGGCUGGCGGGCAGCCUGGGCCGCGCGGCCCGCAAGGCGCUCGCCUACGGCUUCCUCGCGCCGCUCGUCUGCCUCUCGUGCUGGCUGUGCCUGGGCUGGCUGAGCCUGCGCGCGCCGCUCGCGGCCUGCGGCUGGCUGCUGGGCCUGGCGCGCGGCGCCCGCGGCCCGCGGCUGGCCGCCGGGCCGGGCGAGCGGCGACGCUGCGUGCUCGUGUCGGGCGGCGGCAGCGUGCAGGCGGUGCGCCUCGCCCGGAACCUGUCGAGCAGCGGCGCGCGCGUGGUCGUCUGCGAGCUCGAGGGCCUGCUCGGCCUGGCCCGCUUCUCGGCGGCCUGCGCGCGCUACUACAGCCUGCCCCGGCCGGAGCGCCACGGCGCGGCCGCCUACGUGGCGGCGCUGCAGGACAUCGUGCGCCGCGAGCGCUGCACCCACUACGUGCCCGUGAGCGCCAGCUCGCCGGCCUACUUCGACGCGCUGGCCAAGCCGCACCUGGAGCUGCUGGGCUGCGAGUGCUUCGUGCCGGGCGCGCGCGAGCUGGCGCGCCUCGACGACCCGCUCGAGCUGCUCGGGCGCGCCGAGCGGCUGGGCCUGCCCACGCCGCGGCACCGGCUGCUCGACAGCCUGGACGAGGCCGCGCGGCUCUACGAGGACGGGGCGCUGGCCGCCGCGCACUACGCCCUGCCGGCCGGCCCGGCCGGCAUGCGCGAGCGCCGCCCGCUGCCGGAGCUGCGGCUGGCGGCCAGCCUGGCGGACUUCCGCCGCCAGCAGCGCCGCAUGCAGUCCUGGCGGGGCCGGCGCUGGCUGGUCAUCCGCGAGCCGGCGGGCGCGCACUACGUCACCUGCACCACGCUGCGCGACUCGCGCGUCCUGGCCAACGUCACCUGCCGCGUGGACGAGGCGGGCCUGGCGCCCGAGGACCGGCCCGAGGUCGGCCGCUGGCUGGAGCGCUUCUUCUCGGAGCGCGGCGGCGAGCUCGGCCCCGUCAGCGGCCACCUCAGCUUCCGGCUGAUCGCGCUCGAGGACAAGCCGGGCGAGCUGCUGGCCGUCGGCUGCCGCGUCGGCCUGCCCACGGCGUACCUCUGCCACGGCAGCUCGCAGGCGAGCUUGAUCCUCAAGCGGCCCUGCCGGCACCGCCAGCAGCAGCCGCCGCUCCGGGAGUCGUCGUACCCCGCCGGCACGGACGGCCGGCCCCGGCUGCUGGACAAGCGGGAGGCGCUCUUCCAGAUUUCGGACCCGCUGCCCUACUGCGUCUACUGCUACCUGCAGCUGCCCUUGGGCCGAUUCUACGAGGCGCUCGGCGCCUGGGCUGGAUGCGCUUCCCGACGCGGUGGUGCAAUUGUGUGAUACAAACAAUCGUGCUUCUGCGAAUUCUGUGUGUGUAUGCUUGCGCGAUCAAUUGUUAUCGCUCCCCCCCCCCUCCCCCCUCUCUCUCUCUCUUGCUCUCUUGAUUUCUUUCGUUUUUUCUUUUCUCGAAAAAAGUGCAGUGCGCGCGUGCGUGCGCGUGGAGCCAUGUAAAUAAGGUAUCGCGACACGAGUGCUAUCGUUUGACGAAGACAGUGGCGAAGCGAAGGACGAUAGUAGCAUUGGGAAAGAGGGGGAGAAGACAAACCGCAUGAAAAGAGAUACGAACGUAUACUCGACGAAAGAAAUGCCGAGAGAGUCAGAGGGAGCGAGAGCGAAAAUGAGGCUUCCACAUAUACCUAUUUUUGUCUAUCCACGCGACAUUUUCGUUCAUUCGGGGCAGCCUCGUUCCAGGCACCACCGCGCGCGCGCAAGAGAGAAAGAGAGAGAGAGAGAUGGAUGAGUUAUGAUUGCGAGGCUUUACCUGGCACGGAAUUGCCCUACGUCUCUUGCUCGCUUUCUCGCAUUUUUAUAUUUAUUGUUAUGCUGAACGACGCGAAGCUAUCCUCCUAUUUCGCGCCGCAUCGGGAAUUUUUUCCACUUGAUUGACGGACACGACGAUGACACGAAGACAUAAGUCACAUGACGCGCGAGCCACACGCUAACUACGCAUUAGGACGUAGAAAAUUUUCGGUUUCUGUGAGAUGCCCUGACCGCAUUAUGGGCCUGGAAAAGCCUUGCCAUUCGUUUCCGUGAGCAAGUAGUUGGAGAUCGACUUGUGCGAAGCGUAAGAGCGGAACGAGCGAUGUCUUUCAUGCGCUACGAAUAUUAGGCUUAAUAAAUUAUUUUUUAACUAGUUCUAUAAGCUACGAGGACACGCGUAUUGAUAAUUGGCUGACUAAUGAGAUAUCACAUGGUACACAAUACAUAAUAGAUAUGGUUGUAAGUCAUCGAAACUGCGCUUCUAUAUGUGUAUAUAUAUAUAUAUAUAUAUAUAUAUAUGUAUGUGUGUGUGUGUGUGUGUGAGUGUGUGUAUGUAUGUAUAUAUAUAUAUGUAUGUAUACAUAUGCAUCAGAAAAAAAUAAUCAUUUUAUAUGUUUGCUAAACAUUACUAUGCUAGUUAUGUUGUGAUGCGGCAACAGCGAUAUUCUCCACGUCUGUAAAAAGUCGUCGUAGUUCGAUAAGCUUCACUAGGAGUAUGAAAAUGUAACGAGCUUUUUCUCCAUUACUACUGUCUACGCGCCGUUAGAGAAUCAUCCAUGCAAUCGCACGUGAUUGCUGGAGGAGAUUCACCUCGUCAAAUCUGAUGUACAUAUGCGAGAUAAGGAUUGCAAUAAAUAAAUUUUUAUUUUUCGA